GCGGUCGGUGUGGAGAUCUCAUCCUCCUCAUCACAGCUGAAGAUGGCGGACCCGGCCGAGUGCACCAUCAAAGUUAUGUGCCGUUUUCGGCCUUUAAACAGCUCGGAGGUGAUGAGAGGGGAUAAAUAUAUUCCCAAAUUUCAAGGAGAUGAUAAUGUGGUCAUCGGGGGAAAGCCGUAUGCGUUUGACCGCGUGUUUCAGUCUAACACUACUCAGGAGCAGGUUUACAACGCUUGUGCUCAGAAGAUUGUUAAAGAUGUGCUUGAGGGUUAUAACGGUACAAUAUUUGCUUACGGACAAACCUCUUCUGGAAAAACACACACUAUGGAGGGCAACUUGCAUGAUACGGACGGCAUGGGCAUCAUUCCACGUAUCGUCCAGGAUAUCUUCAACUACAUUUACUCCAUGGACGAAAACCUGGAAUUUCAUAUCAAGGUCUCCUAUUUUGAGAUUUACUUGGACAAAAUCAGGGACCUGCUGGAUGUAUCUAAGACCAAUCUGUCUGUACAUGAAGACAAGAAUAGAGUUCCCUAUGUGAAGGGUUGUACAGAACGGUUUGUGUGUAGCCCUGAGGAAGUCAUGGACACUAUAGAUGAAGGCAAAUCCAACAGACAUGUGGCCGUCACAAAUAUGAACGAGCACAGCUCCAGGAGUCACAGCAUCUUCCUGAUAAACGUCAAGCAAGAGAACACACAGACUGAGCAGAAACUGAGCGGGAAACUCUACCUGGUGGAUUUAGCAGGAAGUGAGAAGGUCAGUAAAACUGGAGCAGAGGGCGCAGUGUUGGAUGAAGCCAAAAACAUUAAUAAAUCUCUGUCCGCUCUGGGCAACGUCAUCUCUGGCCUGGCUGAAGGAUCGACGUAUGUUCCAUACAGAGACAGUAAGAUGACAAGGAUCUUGCAGGAUUCUUUGGGUGGAAACUGCAGAACCACUAUAGUGAUCUGCUGCUCUCCCUCCUCGUAUAACGAGGCCGAGACCAAAUCCACACUCAUGUUUGGACAGAGAGCGAAGACCAUUAAGAACACAGUGUGUGUGAAUGUGGAGCUGACAGCAGAGCAGUGGAAGAAGAAAUAUGAGAAGGAGAAAGAGAAGAACAAGACUCUGAGGAACACCAUCACCUGGCUGGAGAAUGAACUCAACCGCUGGAGGAAUGGUGAGAGUGUACCCAUUGAGGAGCAGUAUGAUAAAGAGAAGGCGAAUGCAGAUGUUCUGGCUCUAGAUAAUGUGGUGAAUAAUGAUAAAUUCACCUCAUCUCCCAGCAUGCCCAGCCUUAAACUCACUGACGCUGAGCGUGAGAAAUGUGAGGCUGAACUGGCAAAACUCUACAAACAGCUGGAUGACAAGGAUGAUGAAAUUAAUCAGCAGUCUCAGCUGGCUGAGAAACUCAAGCAGCAGAUGUUGGAUCAGGAGGAGCUGCUGGCCUCAACGCGAAGGGACCAUGAUAACCUGCAGGCGGAGCUGACACGUCUGCAGAUGGAGAAUGAGGCAUCUAAAGAGGAGGUGAAGGAGGUGCUGCAGGCCCUGGAGGAGCUCGCUGUCAACUACGAUCAGAAGAGUCAAGAAGUGGAGGACAAGACCAAGGAGUUUGAGACCUUGAGUGAAGAGCUUAACCAGAAAUCUAGCAUUCUUGCAUCAAUCGACUCUGAGCUGCAGAAGCUGAAGGAAAUGACCAACCAUCAGAAGAAGAGAGUGACUGAGAUGAUGUCAUCACUGCUGAAAGACCUGGCAGAGAUUGGCAUCGCCGUGGGCAGCAAUGACAUCAAGCAUGAGGGUGGAGGUCUCAUAGAUGAGGAGUUCACUGUAGCUCGUCUUUACAUUAGUAAAAUGAAGUCGGAGGUGAAGACUCUGGUGAAGCGCAGUAAGCAGCUGGAGAGCGCUCAGGCCGAAGGCAAUAAGAAAAUGGAUGAGAAUGAGAAAGAGCUUGCUGCCUGUCAGCUCCGUAUCUCUCAGUAUGAGGCAAAGAUCAAGUCUCUGACCGAGUAUCUACAGAAUGUAGAACAGAAGAAGAGACAGCUAGAGGAGAAUGUUGAUUCUCUCAAUGAGGAACUGGUCAAAAUCAGCGCACAGGAGAAAGUUCAUGCCAUGGAGAAGGAGAAUGAGAUGCAAACGGCUAAUGAAGUCAAGGCUGCAGUUGAGCAACAGAUCCAGAACCACAGAGAAGCUCAUCAGAAACAACUGAGCAGCCUGAGAGAUGAGCUGGAGACCAAGGAGAAGCUCAUUACUGAGCUACAAGAUCUGAAUCAGAAGAUCAUGUUGGAGCAGGAGCGUUUGAAGGUUGAACAUGAGAAACUCAAAUCUGCUGAUCAGGAGAAGAGCCGCAAACUGCAUGAGCUCACGGUGAUGCAGGACAGAAGAGAGCAGGCCAGACAGGAUCUCAAAGGCCUGGAGGAGACAGUGGUACAUCACACAUUCAGUCUGUGUCUGAAACGUUACUUUACAUACUGUGUACGUGUUCACUCAAAGAUCUCUCUUUCCUCUCUUCAGGCCAAAGAGCUACAAACUCUUCAUAACCUGAGGAAACUGUUUGUCCAGGAUCUUGCCACACGUGUCAAGAAGAGCGCUGAGAUGGACUCUGAUGACACCGGCGGUAGUGCGGCACAGAAACAGAAGAUCUCAUUCCUUGAGAACAACCUCGAACAGCUCACUAAAGUGCACAAGCAGCUGGUGCGUGAUAAUGCUGACCUGCGCUGUGAGCUGCCCAAGCUGGAGAAGCGUCUGCGGGCGACGGCAGAGCGCGUGAAGGCUCUGGAGUCUGCGCUCAAAGAGGCCAAAGAGAAUGCAGCGCGUGAUCGCAAACGCUACCAGCAAGAGGUGGACCGCAUCAAAGAGGCAGUAAGGGCCAAGAACAUGGCCCGCAGAGGACACUCCGCACAGAUCGCCAAGCCAAUCAGACCAGGUCAGCCCCCUGUUGCCUCUCCCACCCACCCCAAUGUCAACCGCUCAGGGGCGGGGCUCUUCCAGAAAAACUAAUCAGUGGACAUCUGUGGUGGAGACGGAGUCAAACAGAAUAAAAAACUGCUGAAUGCUGAAUUUAACACCAGUAGCCCCAGCUGAAGCUGAUAUCAUCCCAAAAAGCUGAACAGGCAUUCCACAGCACGGGAGGGUUCAAUAAUAUACAUAUAAAAAUUAAUAUAAGGAUAUAUGUGUAUGAAGCGUGAAAUACUAUCCCUGUCUGGGCUGUACAGUUGUUCCUCCAUUCUUAUCUCUUAUAUCUUCCCUUUAAAAAUACAAAGAAAACAAAAAAACAGGCUUUUUGCACCAGUGGACACGUGUGUAACUAGCGAGUAUCUUUCACUCUUGCACAGUAGGUUUUGCUCACAUAAUGCUCUCCAUGUCACUCACUGUGCCAAGUUGAAUGUAUUUCACAUUUACAAAAAAAAAAAAAGGCAGAAAUGAAUGAAAAAUGGUUAAAAGGAACAAACAAAAGGAGAAAAAAAAAAUAUUAGAUGCAUUAUUUUAGCCUUAUUUAUGUAUGUAUAUGUUUUGUUUUUUUUGUUUAGAGAGUUAGCUUGUUCUCUCUUUAAAGGCUGAUUUAUACUUCUGCGUCGAAAUGCAGAUAUCUUUUGAUAUCAGAUAUCUUUUAACGUAAAAAAAAACCCAGCAGAUGCUCCCGAUUGAGACAACUGCUUUAUUGGUCCCAAUUCCAAAUACAAUGUGAUAUGAUGCAUAGAUAUUAAAAUGAUCUUGGAUAAAAUGCGACGUUAACUCAGACAUGCUUGAUUUCAUCCGGUCUCUGGUUAAAGUGGACCAAUCACAGCUGUUGUGGUCUGCGUCGACGCAACGCACAGUUACAUAUUUGAAAAGGUGCACGUCAGGCUACGCCGUAACCGCCGUAGCUACACGUAGCCUACGCCGUAGGUUUGAUACAGAAGUAUAAAUCGGCCUCAAGUAGUUUCCAUUGAACAUUUGACCUAUAUAAGUUAAACACUACAAUUAAACUGUAUAGGGACCAUUUAACUUGUUUUUAUAAGAAUGAUGGACAUAAUGAAAAGAAUAUAAACUAUGGUGAAAGGGUAGUCUGAAAAUAGACAGUCAAAUGCAGUUCCACACCUGAGCUACAGGUGUAUUUAAAGCACUGUACGAACACAUAACGAAUCACUGUUACAUCAUGAGUCCUAGCUAGGUUAAAAAAACAACAAUAAUACUAAUAUAAUAUCAAAUGUUCAUUUUGGCAUUUUAAUAUUUAUCUUCAGCCAUAUUGCUGCUGCUCUAUAGGUUCCAAAAAUCACUACAAAACAUUAUUAAUCAUGUCUGUGGACUUUUCCUCAUCUACCUAAAAUAUAUACAUAGAGGGAUUGUAACUGCAUUGUCUAUUUAGAAAUAUGCAGUGUUUUCGAUUAUGUAUUUAGGCCAGUGGACCUCACGUUGGACUUAAAGGAAUCAUUCACCCAAAAAUGUUUUUCGUGGAACACAAAUGAGAUGUUUUGCAGAAUGCCUAUGCUGCUCUUUUCAAUUCAAAGACAAUAAAUCGGGAUGGAUGCUGUCAAGCUAAUAAAAAGACAAACUAAAUUAAAGAGUCGCUAUUUGCGAAAAAUCUUCCUUUUUGCUGUAGCUCUCAAAUCUCAUUUGCACUUGCAUACAAAUAUGGUGCAUGAAGAAACAUUGCACCAGGUUUGACAUCAGUGACGCUGAAUGCCAGUGGUUCUCGUGUAACUGAUUGCAAUGCACAAAUGUGAUUUGUAGAUGCUUGAAUUUUCAUUUUUGGCUUUCCUUAAAGGGAGUUAAGAGCUUUUUAAAUGUGGAAAUGAUCUCGUCCUCAUAGAUGCCUUCUCAGAGCAAUAUGGGAUUGUCAUUUUCUCAUUUGUUUUGCAUUUGACUUGAACAUUAUUUUCUGUUUUUGCGGGAGUGAGGUUUGUGCAGUGGUCAAACAGCCAUUGAAGUCACUAUAUACAUUCACUCCUGUUUUUUACCCUUUAUUUUUCAUUUAUGAUUUUGUCCAGUUUAGGGUCCAUACUUUAAAGAAGUGGCGAUCGUAUCCGUGCACUUCAGCGAUUCGAACUGUAAGGUGCAAACAAUCCACAGCAAACCACACAGCAUUUAGUUGUGGUCAUACAACCAAAAAUUGUAAGGCAAUCAACCGUGGAUUAUCGUCUGCCAUGAUAUGGUUGACUGGUUGAUUGUGUUUGCUCAUGUAGACCUGCUUAGUGGUGUCAAUGCUUUUUAUUCAACAUUACUGCCUUUUUUUGAGUAGCGUUAAUAGGUGGGGCCUAUUAAACAGUGGGCGGGGCUUAUUUAAUAAUUUUAGUUAAUGUUUUUAUUUUGUUUUUUAUUUUAUGUACUUGUUACUAGAUUAUGAUGUUUUAUUUAUUUGUUUUUUGUUGGCUGGGAAUUUUGCUGUUCAUUUCUUUCUUUCGUUGUUGUUUUUUUAAGUAAACAAUUCUCAUGUUUUUCUUAUAAGAAAGUGUAUGUAGAUUCCAAUGUACUUGGUUUCCAUUUUGCUUUUUUGUUGUUGUUGUUGUUUUUCCAAUUGGAUCCGAAUCCUACUAGGUGUCAUGUGUAAAUCACUGUGGUACUGUAGGGGGGAAUAUUGAAGAUUUUUGAGUUUUAGGACCUUAUGUGUGCAAUAUAAAUCUGGCGUAGUGCAAGUUUUGCAGUACUGAAGAAAACGUGAUAGUAGAGGUAAUAAAAAUCACACUCAACAGUCCUCCAAUAUUAUGUUUCUGUUUUAGCAGUUUUGUCUUGUUCACAAUUUAAUCUUUCAAAAGCACUUUAAAACGUACCAUCUCAAUUGAAAACCGCACUUGUUAUAAUAUGGAAAUGUGCAUCUUAAGCAUUGAAGUUCUCACUGAAUUUUAUAAUUAUUGUUAGCAUUGAAGAGGAGAUCAUGUGUUUUUAAGAUUGUCAUUGUUAUUAUGUUUUGUCUUUUUCUUUGCAUUGAAUCUGCAUUUUUAACAGUUACUGGGGAAAACACUCAGUUAAAGGCUCUAAUGAGUUGAUGUAAUGGUAAUGAGGUGAUCAGAUGUGUGUACAGUUGGUUCUUAAAAAUGUGUAGACUGAAUUGCUGUGUAUAUUUCCUUCAGUUGCUCACAGUAGGCCAAGUUUUCACCCCUUGACAUGAAACGCUAAUAAAUUAUAGGGUAAAACAGA